AUGAACAACUGCAAACGUCCCGAUCUAGCCGUAGCAUACACCCAUGUGCCCGCUCCAAAGUCCUCCGCCGCUGCUGCAAGCCAGGGAAUCAUAUCGCAGUCGAUGCCAAUGGCUGCCAUGUUCAUGAAGAACAAGUUCUUGGCGUGGUUCGGCCUCCUGAGCUCCGUGCACUACUGCUUGACGGCGGACGCUGAAUCGAGCGGCGACCAGUCACCUGUCUUGAAAUUGGUGAUGGCUCUCGUCAGUCUGGGUGUGUGCUACAUGAACCUGGUGUUCCCUCAACCCGGACCAGCUGACGUGGCCAAGGCCAAGGCGCAGAGCUCCUAA